AUGGCGAACUCCCGUAACAAUAGGACUACGCCUCCAGCAUCGCGGAACAUCACCAACAUCGUCGACCAGUACGCGUCACCGGCUAUGGGGUCAUCACUGCCAGAAUACUCACCAGGGUCAUAUGAUCCUAUUCUGAGCGGUCGUGGACAGGGUGAUGUCAGCAUGUCUUCAUCGCCAUCCCCAUCACCAUACCCCCUUUUAGACUCCAGACGAGCCGCCUUCCGUCAAUCAACAUCCACGCAUUCAGGCUAUCUCGACCGCGCUCAGCUCUUCGGUCGCACGCCCAUCCAGCGCAACGCACGUCGCGCCAGCCCUCCUUCUACCUCGAACAUACUAAACAUACGAAAGCGAGCUUCCCGUACCCCUACUGGUGAGUGGGCGGAAGCCGGUCUUCCUGAGCCACCGAUUGAGGAGAAUAGGGUUAGCUUGGAUAAUGCUGAGGGUUUGAUUUGUACGCCUACUGGCAUUACUACGCUUGGGGUUGGAGAGGGGACGCCGGGGAGGUUUUCACCGACAGCGCGGUCGCCUGCUGAGGAUGCGCUGAGGGUGCAGUUUGAGGGGGGUAGGGUAGAGCUGGCUAGGGAUCUUGCGUCGCGAACUGGUCCGAACGGGAGGUCGAAGUGGGCGGGGAGAAUCGAGGAUAGGGGUCGUGAGGGGUAUGUGUCUCCUAAGACGCCUUCUGUUGCUUCUGAUGAUAAAGAAGAGGAAGAGUUUGGGUAUGUGGAUCCGGCGAGUGUUAGGGAUGUACUUGCGCGCGUCAAGGCGAGGGAGGCGAUGGGUGGUGAGAACGGCCGUGCGAAGCCACUCUUUGACGGUGGACAGCGUGAGAAGGAUGAAGGUGGGCCGAGCAGAAGCUACUUCGACGUAGAUGCUCCGCGCCGCAGUAAGCAUGCGCUCUUCGCCAAUUCUUCGGAUCCAGACAAGCCUUUGCCAAAACUUCCGGAUCGAAGUGUCCGGGUCUUUUCGAUACCAUGGCAACCGGUCGAACAGCCCCCUACGAAAACAUCAACUCGUCGAAACCACCUAUCUGCAGCUAGCGAUCGAGCUAAGCUUUCUUUCUCGCCUAUCGUCACUGCUAUGGACGUGGCUCCCGAGCCAGCGGGUCAAAAUCUCGCCAUCACACCAGCACCCAUCCAUCUUUCCCUUAGCCCUAUUACAACAACCAUAUCUCAGCAGUCUACUCGUCCACGCAACCGCACCGGUCUCACCUUCUCCCAAGCUACAGCAAUAAUCUACGGCUGCAUGGCCAUCACAGCAUCGCACCAAGCGCUCCUCGGUCUAGGCGGCGACAUCGCGGCUAUGGACCUGAUCUUGGGUCUAUAUGGCGCUUUCCUUUUUGGUGUCGCUGUCUGUGUGGCUCUACAACUGCUGUUGGGCGCUAGAUUGCGAUGCGUGCCGGGGGACGUUCUGCGAUGGUGUGGGCGGGCAUAG